AAAUAUGGCGGCGCUCGGUACGGCACGGUGUUUGCUUCGGAGCUACUCUAGGGUGAAAAAUGUGCAGAGGAGUAAGCAAACGUUGAUGAGGUGUAGUUUAAGGAGUUUUUGCAGUGAAACAAAAGAGAAUGCACUUACAGACAAUGCAAAGCCCAAGUUUACAGAUCCAGCGGUGCAGGAAAUCCUCACCAUGAUAACAGGACUGGACCUCCAGAAAGUGUUCCGACCUAUUAAACAGGAGCUGAAGCCGCCCUCAUAUAAACUUAUGACGGAUGAACAGUUGGAGCAGGCGGUCCUGUUGGCAAAAGAACAAGCUAAGAAGCUGCUGCAGAUGCCUCCUGUUCUUCCAGAGAGGUUGCCCAUCAAUGACGUGUUAGCUGAGGAUAAGAUCCUGGAUGGCAUGGACACAGCCAAAUAUGCAUUCACAGACAUAACCUACAACAUCCCACACAGGGAAAGGUUCAUAGUUGUACGGGAGCCUAAUGGGACUCUUAGGAAGGCGACCUGGGAGGAGAGGGACCGUCUUAUUCAGGUCUACUUCCCCAAGGAAGGACGCAAGAUAACGGUGCCUCUCCUCUUCAAAGAAGAGAACCUUAAGAUGGUGUUCUCUCAGGAUCGUCACGAGGACGUGUUGGACCUGUGUCUGGUUCAAUUUGAACCAGACUCUUCAGACUUUAUCAAAGUGCAUGCAGCCACAUAUGAAGACCUGGACAAGCAUGGGAAAUAUGGGCUGCUGCGAUCCACCAGACACUUUGGAGGCAUGGCCUGGUACUUGGCCAAUGCUCGCAGGGUGGACGGGCUGAUAGUGGACAUGCUGAAGAAUGAACUGCUUCAGGAUGCUGUGAACCUCGUGUCUCUGUUCCACAUGGUUCAUCCACACAGUGAGUCAGCUCAGGAAGCUGCAACCCAACAGGCCACUGGCACUGACCUGCUUAAGAUUUACGCCCAAAAGGAGUCCCAGAGGUCAGGCUACAUCGAGCUGGCUCUGCAGGCAUUUGAGCAGAGGACUGCUGAGGGGUCAUCUGCCUAACUGUGCCACUCUAAGAUCAGCUCACCAAAAGGACUGGACCUAAAAAUCUGAGACACAGUGGGAUCUAGCUCCCACAUGUCGUUACUGAACUCUUCCUGUUUCUUCAUGUGCCCCAUGGAGAAUUUGUCUUUAUGUGAAGUUCGUUAAAUUGCAGAGUAAAACACAUGUACAUAGCAAAUUUAAAUGUCUUCAUAUUCAUGAUUUUGUUUUGAUAUAAAUUGAAACCCAGAUAAUAAAGAAGACCUAAAUGA